UGCCUUUGCAAUGACAACAAGGAACGAAACAAGAGACUGUUUUACCUGUGGAGAAUCAGGGCACUUGAGCAGAUUCUGUACUUCAUCAAUAAGGGGAAGAGGAAGAGGAUACAACUACAGAGGUGGCGGUUACAACCACAGAGGUGGCCACAACCACAGAGGUGGUCGUGGUUGGGUUGGCAACAACAACAGAGGUGGCCGUGGCUGGGUUGCUGGUCCUUGGCAUGGAGAAGGGGCUCAUAGGGCAAAUAUGGCUGCAUCAAGUGAAGGCAAACAACCUGUAACCAGAGAGCCUAGAGAGGGAUCAGAAGCUACUACUUCAAGCUUUGGCAACUUCGCCAACUUUGUCGACACCAAUAAAGGAGAGGGUGACGAGCAGGAAGCUUGGGACUGGGACCAGGCAUAGCGGACUG